CGGCGCUGUACCAGUGACGGGUGGUCAUGGCGACUCGUCGGGCUCUGCACUUCGUGUUCAAAGUGGGAAACCGCUUCCAGACGGCGUGUUUCUAUCGUGACGUCCUGGGAAUGAAGAUUCUUCGGCAUGAGGAAUUUGAGGAAGGCUGCAGAGCUGCCUGUAAUGGGCCUUAUGAUGGAAAAUGGAGUAAAACAAUGGUGGGAUUUGGCCCUGAGGAUGAUCAUUUUGUUGCAGAACUGACUUACAAUUACGGCAUUGGCAACUACAAGCUUGGCAAUGACUUCAUGGGUAUCACGCUCGCUUCUAGCCAGGCUGUCAGCAACGCCAGGAAGCUGGAGUGGCCACUCAGUGAAGUGGCAGAAGGUGUUUUUGAAACCAAAGCCCCGGGAGGAUAUAAGUUCUAUUUGCAGGACGGCAGUCCACCUCAGUCAGAUCCUGUACUAAAAGUAACUCUAGCAGUGUCUGAUCUUCAGAUGUCCUUGAACUACUGGUCUAAUCUACUGGGAAUGAAAAUUUAUGAAAAAGAUGAAAAGAAGCAGAGGGCUUUGCUGGGCUAUGCUGAUAACCAGUGUAAGCUGGAGCUACAGGGCAUCCAAGGGGCAGUUGAUCAUGCAACAGCUUUUGGACGAAUUGCCUUUUCUUGCCCCCAGAAAGAGUUGUCAGACUUAGAAGAUUUGAUGAAAAGGGAGAACCAGAAGAUUCUGACUCCCCUGGUGAGUCUGGACACUCCAGGGAAAGCAACAGUGCAAGUUAUCAUUUUGGCCGACCCUGAUGGACAUGAAAUUUGCUUUGUGGGGGAUGAAGCAUUUCGAGAACUCUCUAAGAUGGAUCCAGAGGGAAGCAAAUUAUUGGAUGACGCAAUGGCAGAAGAUAAAAGUGAUGAAUGGUUUGCUGCCCAAAAUAAACCAAAGGCUUUAGGUUAACCGAAGACAUCACGUGGAACAAGCAUUAGUGAUUCCUGUCGAACACCUGUGAGGCCUGAUGUGUGCAUUAUGUGACAAAUGUUCUCACAACUUGGUGGUUUCCUGUAUAGGCAGAGAGGCUGGGUGAUGAAGAUUUGUGUAUUUUAAUCUUUGAGAGCUCUGAUAUAUUUUAGAGAGAAAAUCCUAUCAUUAUCAGUAAACUCUUGCUGUCAUCUGUGCCAUCCCUGGAAGGGUACAUUUUGUGUGUAACUGUAUUAGAUUAGUAAUAAAUUCUUCUGCAGCCUGGGACAGCUGUAUUGAACAGGACCUUUGGUUGGGAAUGGAGGGAAUUUUGAUAAGUAUGUAGAUUUAAUGAGAACAAAUAAACCCAAAUCAAUUGCUUACAGCAGGAGUACUUCCAGUACCUGGUGACAGUAUGCUAUUCUAAUGUCUUACUCUGGCAGGCCUUGACCGAUAAAAACUUAAAGAAAUUUUGUGCCUUGAACCAAAAGACUUGGUUAACUUUCCCACAUUCUUUGCUUUAAAUUUUUGAGUAGCCAGAGAAAACAGACCAAAGGAUCUAAUGUGUUAAUGUUACUACAUGCCUGGCUCUGUGCUAGUUUCUCUCUCUCCCUCUAUAUAUAUAUAUUUUUUUUUUCUUUUAAUCCUCAUAAGAAGAGACCAUGUUAGAUUUCUUAAUGAUGGAUUAGAUGAUCUCUUCAGCAUGAAAAACUUUUAAAAAAUAUUUUCUUGUUUUCUAUUUGAUUCUGCAGAACAAAUCAAUUUUAAUCACUGGAAAUAAAAUUAAAUUGGGCAUAGUUAUUAUGAAAUGUUUUUUGAAAUUAUGCUUCUGAAAUCAAGCUGUUACAACUAACCUGUAAGACUCAUUAUUUAAAGUGGUUGCCAGGUUCAAAAUAUAGGGAAGAAACUGAUGAGACUGGAAAGGAUUGACUUAGAAGAUACCAGCUCCUGUACAAUAUACAUGAAAUUACUUGUAAAUCAUAGCCUCUGCUGUUCUCCCUUGCUGGCAGGGUAGGGUAUGGAAAUUUCAGAGUGAGUUACAGCUCACCUUCUGAUAGGGCUAUCUUACCUUCACUCAGAGGAAACAGUUAUUUCCCAGCUCCACAGCACUUUUCAUUCCACUUAAUUAAAUUCUCUAUCUUAGGGAAGCAAUUGUGAGUUUCAAAGCAAAUCAAGCUAUGUUCCUCCUGUCAACAGUUGGUUCACUUUUUUUUUUUCUAUGCAUGGGGAAAUUAUUAUAUGAAUUUUGAAUAAUCGAGUAAA